AUGAUAUUUAUUUUAUCAGUAUUUUUUAUUUUUAAAGAUUCUUACACCGUUGCCGUUAACGGGAAACGUGUUUCGACUGCUAACACCACCUCAGCUGCUAGGGCAAAAAAGACGCGUAUGGAUAUGGUGAAGGCCCCCGGAUUCAUAGAAAUUUUGUCGUCUGCGAGCCGUAAAAUCGUGUGGUACUAUGCUAAAAAUAUCGGUAAUACAAUGAUUUAUUCAGACUUUCUUCGACCCCUCAUGCCUGAACUAAUAAAUUUAUUAAAGACCUCCGUACAAAAACACGCAAUAAAAUUUAACCUUAAACUCGAGGCGACAUACAACCGGCCCAACGUCCCCAAUUCAUCGGAGAACCGGGCGUUCAAGACAGUGGCAGUUGAAAUUUACCCUGACAGCGAUUUUAGAACUAUUGUAGAGAGGGCGUACAUGAAGUUGGUUCAGGAGAAAGACGAUUACAUCGGGAGAGGAAGCGGUUUCGUCCUAGAGUCGAUAGACGGACUAUUAGUAGGGGUGUAUAAAUAUAUGCCGAUGGGUGGAUCGUCAUAUAUUCAGUUACCUGAAUAUAUCGACAGGAAGCGGGCCACCAUCAACCCUCAAAAUAUAGACCAGGAGUGUUUUAAGUGGGCAAUUUUAGCGAGACAUGUUACGGGGCCGUCGGCAUUUCGUGUGGAGGGAGAUAAAUAUAGUCAGCAUGAGGGCAAGUACAAUUUUGACGGUAUUUCGUUCCCUACACCUCUGUCGGAUAUCGGAAAAUUUGAGAAAAAUAAUAAUAACGUCUCCAUAAAUGUAUACGGCCUCGACAAAAAGUUCCAGGCGCCCCGUAAGUACCCAACGUAUGAAGUGUAUCCCCUGCGUGUGGUCGACGAAGAAAAAAAGGAUCAUUUCGACCUGCUAUUGGUGACAGACGGCGACAAUGUACAUUAUACUUAUAUUUCUAAUUUUUCCCGGCUUAUUCGCAAGCAGAAAACGAGACACAAUGGGAGUGUCAUUUUUUGUAAAAGAUGCUUCACGUCAUUCGACAACCAAAAUUUAAAAUACAAGUUGAGCGGACAGGAGGCCCUGGACCAACACAAAUUGAUUUGCGGGGCGCACAAACCAAUUUUACCGGAGAUGCCGAAGGAGGAUGAUUGUGUUGAGUUCAGGGCGUGGAAAAAGACAGUGCGGCAUCCUUUCGUUAUAUACGCAGAUUUUGAGGCGAUCUUGGCGAAGUCGGAGGAGGCAAGAGGACGUAGUACCACGAUUAUCCAAAAACACGAAGCGAUGAGCUACGGGUUUUUGGUGAAGGCAAGCGAUGACGUGCCGGCGGAUUUAUUGGUUCAACACGAGAUACCGGCAGGGCCGGUAAUCUAUAGAGGUAGCGAAGACAGGACGGUUGUGGCGAGACAUUUCAUGGAGUCGAUAGUUGAGGUGGCCCUGAAAAUCGAAGGUCUGAUGAAGACGAAUAUUCCUUUAAAAAUGACUAAGGGUGAAGAAAAAACACACCAAGAGUGUAUAGAGUGUAAUUUAUGCAAAUGCAUAUUAGUCGGGGACGAUAAGGUUAGGGAUCACGAUCAUCUGACGGGCAAAUUUAGGCAGACCUUGUGUUCUAGAUGUAACUUAGAGUUACAACAGCCUAAAUUUGUCCCCGUUUUUUUCCAUAACCUCUCCAACUAUUAA